GGCUAAACCUCUGAGUUCACUCCCUCAAUAUUAGGUUUCUGCAGAUACAACGUCUCCUGUAUCUGUUCUCGAUUUUAGCGCAUCUACAUACAUCUAUAGUGUGUGUAUUGCUCUCUGAUUUUUUUUUGGAUUCAGCAAUUCGAAGAUGUCGCUGAGGCCGAAUGCUAGAGUCGAGGUUCGCCGGAACCGUUACAAGGUGGCCGUCGACGCGGAUGAGGGCCGCCGCAGGAGAGAGGACAACAUGGUGGAGAUUCGUAAGAACAAGAGGGAGGAGAGCUUGCAGAAGAAGCGCCGUGAAGGACUUCAAGCCAAUCAGCAAUUUCCUCUUCCAGUCCAGAACGAAAAGAAGCUGGAUGCUCUGCCUGCAAUGGUAGCUGGUGUUUGGAGUGAUGAUGGCAAUUUGCAGCUUGAGGCAACUACUCAGUUUAGAAAAUUGCUUUCAUUAGAAAGGAGUCCUCCAAUUGACGAAGUAAUUCAAGCAGGGGUUGUUCCUAGGUUUGUCCAAUUUCUUGCAAGGGAUGACUUUCCACAACUUCAGUUUGAGGCAGCAUGGGCUCUCACUAAUAUUGCCUCUGGGACAUCUGAGCACACUAGGGUGGUAAUUGAUUCUGGAGCAGUCCCAAUCUUUGUGAAGCUUCUUAGUUCUCCUAGUGAUGAUGUCCGGGAACAGGCCGUAUGGGCUUUGGGCAAUGUAGCUGGUGAUUCUCCCAAAUGUAGGGAUCUUGUCCUAAGCGCGGGAGCUUUAUCCCCCUUGCUGGCUCAGUUAAAUGCGAAUGCAAAGCUGUCAAUGCUGAGAAAUGCCACAUGGACACUCUCAAAUUUCUGCAGAGGCAAGCCACAGCCUCCUUUUGAACAGACUAGGCCAGCACUUCCAGCACUUCAGCAACUUAUACAUUCAACCGAUGAAGAAGUUGUUACCGAUGCAUGUUGGGCUCUCUCGUAUCUAUCUGAUGGUACAAAUGAUAAAAUUCAAGCUGUUAUUGAUUCUGGCGUGUGUUCACGAUUGGUGGAGUUGUUACAGCAUCCUUCCUCAUCAGUUAUAGUUCCUGCUUUACGUGCAGUUGGUAAUAUUGUCACUGGAGAUGACAUGCAAACUCAGCAUAUUAUUGAUAAUCAAGGGCUGCACCGACUUUCUACAUUAUUAACUGGCAAUUACAAGAAAAGUAUUAAGAAGGAAGCUUGCUGGACUAUUUCAAACAUCACUGCUGGCAACACUGUGCAAAUCCAGGCUGUGAUUGAAGCCAAUAUAUUUGGACCUCUUAUUAAUUUGCUUCAAAAUGGCGAGUUUGAUAUAAAAAAAGAAGCUGCUUGGGCAAUAUCAAAUGCCACAUCUGGUGGCAGUCAUGAUCAGAUCAAGUACCUUGUAUCUCAAGGAUGUAUCAAGCCAUUGUGUGAUCUCCUUGUUUGUCCUGAUCCAAGAAUUGUGACGGUCUGUCUAGAAGGACUUGAAAAUAUUUUAAAGGUUGGUGAAGCGGAGAAGAAUAUGGGCCGGACUGGGGAUGUAAAUCUGCAUGCUCAGAUGGUAGAAGAUGCGGAAGGUUUGGAAAAAAUUGAGAACCUUCAAAGUCAUGACAAUCAUGAGAUUUAUGAGAAGGUUGUAAAGAUAUUAGAGGUAUACUGGUUAGAGGAAGAGGAUGAGUCAAUGCCACCAGGUAACAAUGCAUCAUCCGAACAGGGAUUCCAGUUUGCGAAUGGAAACGUAGAUUUACCGAAUGGUGGAUUCAACUUUAACUAGGUUGCAACUGUUCUUCUAUUGUGUAGUGUUUGAAAAGAGAUGAGAUGUUGUUCCCACAGCGAGAGAACAAACCGGAGGAGGCUGCCACAUCACUGAAAUAACAAAAUCAAUUCUCAUUGUUCUUUUUUCAGUAGUGGAAUUCUGUUUUAUUUUCAUUUUCAGUAUUGCUGGGAAUUUUGGCAUUCUCAACUCUUUGAUUUCCCCCCUAGCUUGUACUAAACUUAUGGUGGAAAGGGAUUCACCUAUUUUUAUCUAUUAAUUUCUAUUUUAUACCGCAA